AUGGAUAACCAGCUCUCUUCGCCGCACAGCGUCGGUCUGAGCUUGACCGCGGCAGGUCCCGUCGACGCAUUCGAGCUGUACCAGAGCCCGGGGAUGGAUGAUGCCGCCGUAGCACAAGCCGCCGCUGCCCAGGCAAGGAUGUCUGCUGGGGACCCGGCUGAGUCUGUUGUUGAUGCCUCCACAAGAACUCGCGCCUUGAACAGCGUCCGCUCCAACCCUGCUCUGCUUCCUUCCCGCCGGCCAGGCAAAGUGAGAGACAUGGCCUCUCGCUGGGACCGGAGCGCGACCGCCGGUACGGCCGCACCGCAGACGUCACGAGAUCGAUACAAGCGCCCUACCACAGCCAGCAGGAACGCCCAGAAGUCUUCGCUGCCCACCAUUGGCGCCGGAGACGGCAGGAAGCUCCAGAAGAAGCCGCCGGGCUCGCCGCGGAAAUCUCCAUCGACAUCAUUCGAGACCACCAACUCUUCCUUCUCCUCCGCUUCCACCGCCAGCACCAUGCGGAGUGCCAGAAGCCAGCCACACGCCGCCUUUAGUCCCAAACGACCCAGAUCGCCUGCGAAGCAGCAACCGUAUGUCAGUUCCCGGCCUCUGUUCGGCGAGAUCACCACCGAUGGGAAGUGGAAGAAAUUUGCUGUCGACCUGGGCAAUUAUGGUCCGCUGCCAACAUUCGAGAAGGCGCCCCGGCGAGGCAGUGAAGGCAGCCUGGCCCUCUGGCAUGGACGUAGCCAAUCACACCAGGACAUGUCAGCACCACUUUUGGCACCGCCGAAACAGAAGCUCAGUCACAAGCGCAGUCGCAGUGAGAUGGACGCGUUCAGGCCGACUGCUGCACCCAGUAUGCCAAACCUGAACUCACACAACGGGCCGCCGCUGUAUCCAACGCCGCCCGACUCGGUGCAGCGGGCCCUCGGACAAAGUGGCUCACCGAUAGCCUCCAGAAUUCCCGUCCGCAGCCGACCUCAAUCGACUGACUCUACAGCAUCCUCGAACAGCUACUCACGCGCUCCGUCUGCGACUUCUAAUCCUCCAGGUCGAAAACGGCUCGAGAGAUCUCCCACCCGGACGCCUGUGGCUAAGGGGAAGGAAAAUAGCACUCCGUCGCGCAGCACUCCGUCGCGCAGCCGAUAUCACCGACCGCCAUCAUCAGCCGCUCAGCCCGGCCAGACCUUAUCAGCAAAGAUAGUUGCACCACUCCCCAAAACGUCGCCCCCGCUGCGUUCAUCACGGCCUAGGCAGCCAGUGAGCUCAGCAACUACUUCUGCGAGUCGCGCACGGGCUGCAGGAUUCCAGGGCUUGAAUUCGAUUCCGAAAGAUGGGAGAGCGCCGAGUGAACAGUGGCUGGGGAAGCCAUACGAUCCACAGAAGGAGAGAUCGAGAAGGAAGAUUCCUGAGCUGGACAAGAUCAACUUUGAGGAGCGGAGAGCAAGGAUUCAGAGAGCUAUAUCAGAGAGCCUGAGGGAAAGCGACUCGCAAGAGCGGAUGAGAACUCAGUCCAGGAGUGAAUCACGGAAUGCAUCCUCGCGACUGACCUCGCAAGAACACGAGCACAGCAUCAACGCUGCAGCACAUCUUCCGAGCGAAGAUGAUGCGAUGCCUGGUGCUGCUGAGGCUUCAGAUAGAGAUGCAGCCAUACAAAGCCACGCACCGGGCCUAAGUGUGGAAACCACUGCCUCGAUGGAGAGUUCGAACACUGAGCCAGAGCCGAUGACGUCUCAGACCGACCGGACGAUAUUCGAAGAUGAGAGCCCAGUCCUCGGUCGGCCCGUUGCGGGACCAUCUGCGAUCGCUCCCGAGACGACACCGGAAGAACCUCCUGUCCUCUUAGCGCCCGCAACGUACCAGCCACAUCUCAGGGCUGCAAAACGGUCUUCUCUUGAAGUUCAGCAUGAGGUCGAGGCAGAAGACGUCCAUGGUACCACUGUUCUCGACAAUGUCAUGCAAAUGCGCAAUCACAGUGAAUCCUCGGCAAGUCGCACGGGGACCGAAUUUGCUGACGAGAGCCAAUCUGCUGAAGAAAGUCCGAACGAGUUUGGGGACUCUUGGGGACUUGGUACCAGUCCAGCCGGUGACCACGGUUCUAUUCGAAUUAUGCUCGACGAGGAACCAAACAUUGCUCAUUUUGCAGACGCGUGGUCGAAUGCUGCCAACACCCAAUCCGAUGCAGCGGAUUAUCAGCUGUCAGGAGACGACACUUCGCACGUUCAACAAUACAAUCAGCAUGCAUUCACCGCCAACGGUUACACAGAGUCGCCGGUGGAGGAUAGCGAUGGGUUCACAGAAGCAGCUACGCAUUUGACCCCGCGCAAACAUCAACCAAACGACGCCACGCUCAAACCGAGCGUGUUCCAACCCACGCUCGCCGUCGACGAUACUGACACCACCACGACGGACGGAGACAUUGUGCGCGUUCUGGACUACUAUCAAAACACUGGGACUCUCACGUCUGACAUGCAACAACUCGUCGAGCAUCGCAUGGUGGACUUGCAUCGAAUCUCAGCAAACGGUGGAUCAGACGCAAACAUGAUUCAGAGCCUAUUGGAGAGCAUCGUGGUUGCCCAUCCUUCGGCUCACCACGAGCAUGGCAAGCAGAUGCUCACCCCCAGUGCUUACGACAUGCCUGCAGUCACGCCAGAUACUCCACCAAUAGAAGCAGGCUUCGAACCUGGCACCGUCAUUGUGUAUGGCAACGACAAACUGGAUGAGGGUGCAGAUGAGGACGAAGAUUUUGAGGCUAAGAUUAGAAAAGCCGAUGAGGAGUGGGAACGUCAGCAGCGAGGUGAAGAAUGUCUGGUGCAGGAUGAGGAGGAUGAGCAGAAGCCUCCACCACCUCCUAAAGAUUUCGGCUACAUGCCGCGCUCAAGUGUUGACCCUGGUAGCUCCAGUCUGGCACCGAGCCUCACAGAAAGCGGCUUGCGAAUUUUCACUUCAGGCCAGCUCGAUUUGGGCAACAUACAAGAAAUUGGUGAGCGAGUCGACUUUCCCCCCUCCGAUGGCAAUGCGACUUCACCCGCCUCGACACCUGCUCCUCCGCUUCCGUCCCACGCACCUCCGCCCCCUCCAGCAGCAGAGAAGCCCAUUGCAAAGGCUCCAUUUGCGCUCCCAGAUCUGGCAGCCGCGAAGGCCAGCUCCGAGCGCGGAUCCAGCGAGUUAUCUCCACGCUUCCGAAAGAAUUGGGGUGCUUCUGGCUCGUCACGCCCAUCGAUUGACAGCCAGCGUGUAGUGCCCGCGCUUCCCGGAUCGCAGUCGAUGACCUCCUUCUCCGAAUCUGCACGACAGGCGUCAUUUGAUACUGGAGCCGACAGUCAGACAAGGCUAGUGAAGACCAUUUCGCCAGGCCCUGAACAGAAGCGACUGCUGAAACGACGACACAUCAUCAAGGAGCUCUUGGACACCGAGUAUUCCUACCAUCAGGAUCUCAAGAUCAUCGAGGACAUCUACAAGGCCACUUGCACGCCCGAACUCGUCGCCCCCGAGGACAAGAAAGUGCUGUUUGGUAACUGUGAUGAGGUAGAGCGCUUCGCGUUACACUUCUAUGAUGACAUGCGAAAAUCCGUCAUUCAGGUCUACGUGCCGCCCAAGCAACAACGAUUUUUGGCGAAGCGAAGUAGCUUUUCGACUACGCGGAGCGACGGCACAACGGCAACCAGCGUCGCGGAUACUGUCGAUGACGAGAAAGACCGCACCACUACCAUUGGUCGGACUUUCCUCACGAAUCUGGCCCAGAUGGAGAGGGUGUACGGUGCGUAUCUCCGGAAUCACGACGCGGCGAACCAACGCCUUUCCUCUAUUCAGAACGCUCCCACCACCAAGUGCUGGUUAGAUGAGUGCCACGCCAAUGCGAGCGACAUCACGUCUGCAUGGGAUCUCGACUCUCUGCUGGUGAAGCCAACGCAACGGGUAGCCAAGUAUCCCAUGCUCCUGCAGCAAUUGUUGGAGACCACCCCGAUCGAUCAUGCAGACCACAAAGACCUUCAAGCCGCUGCCAAAGACUCGAUCAGCAUGCUCACGCGCAUCAACGAGGCUAAGAAGCGCGCUGAUCUGGUCGAGCAGAUCAUCACACGGAAAGGGCGCAAGGAGUCGGAUGUUCGCAGUGGACUUGCCAAAGCGUUUGGUCGGCGGACGGAGAAGCUCAAAGAGAGGGUUGGCAUCGCCGAGGCUUUUCAGGACCCCGAGUUUGACGAACUUGCUCACAAAUUCGGAGGACACUUCAUCCGCUUGCAGAUUUGCAUGCGAGAUGUGCAGGACUACAUGCAGCGGGCUGACAAAGCCAUCGAGCUCAUCAACAAUUAUGCAAAUGCCCUGGAGCUGUUCAUGGGCGUGGUGUCAAGCGAUAAGACCGAAAUCGUGAGCAAGUGGUACAGAUAUGGCCAAAUAAUCCGUGAGCUCACGCUUGUGGCUUUCGGAGAGCACAAGGCGGAUGUGCAGAAGCGGGUGCUUGCGCCGAUGAUUCAGUGCAUCAAGAUGCACGAGCAUCCUCAGAGUGCGAUCAACAAGCGCAAGAAGAGGAUCGUGGACUACGCGAAAUGCAAAUCGGAGGAGCGGCGUGGGCAAAAGCCGGACAAGAAGACAGUUGAGGCGUCGGAAGCAUACGAGGCCUUGAAUGACACGCUGAAGCUGGAGCUGCCCCAGCUGUACCGGUUGACUGCUCAACUAGUGCAGAGGUGUCUCCACUGUUUUCUUGACAUCCAGCUCAAGUGGCAGAGUACCUGGGAAAGAAAGCUGCGACCGCUCCUCGAGGCAGCUGAAGUACCCCACAGCAUCCAAGACAUCGAGCCUGCCUUCCGUCCGGAUUUCGCUGAGGUCGAGAAAGAGUUGCACCAUCUGUCCAUCUGCAACGGCACACUCAAGAUCGAGGCUGCCAAUUUCCUGUCCUCGCAACUGUUUGAAGGCUCCGAGCAAUCCUCCCUGUACAAACGCCCAAAUGCGCUGGAUAGCUCCAAUAGGACACUGUCAGUUGGUAGUGAGGCUUCCUACGUACCGAACACCAGACGCCACAGUGGCAUCUAUACUCCGAGCUCUGAUGCCCAGCAAGGUGUGGAUGGGCGGAUGCGCUCGAAUUCUUCCAUGUCCGGCCGAGCUCCUCCAGCGCAGACUCCAGGAUCCGCUGCCUCAAUUGGCCGUCCGUGGUCCAACUCGAACACGCCCAACUCGUCAUUGUCCACCAGCAGACCGACCACCGCCAAUCAGCCAAAUUUUUAUGGAUCGAUCUACUAUCCCCGACAAAGUGCAGAGCAACAGAGGAGCCCGAGACCGGCCUCAGACGCGACGUACUUCACUGCACGACCAGAUCAAGAUAACAACAGAUUCUCCGGCAUGUUCACCUCUGCUCUCCCACCUGAGAUGGCCGGCACAGCAUACACCCCACAGCAGCCGUCAUCUCCAACACGGGCGCCCGAGAACAUGCCAGUCAUGUUCGUCUGCGCAAGCUUGUUCGAGUUCAGCAUCGACAAGACACGCCAAGAAGCCGGCUAUCCGUACUUGCAGUAUGUACAAGGAGAAGUCUUCGAUGUCGUCGCGCAGAAGGGCGAAUUAUGGUUGGCAAAGAACCAAGACGACGCUAACAACGGACUCGGUUGGAUAUGGGAGCAGCACUUCAUCAUUCUCUCAAGCGAGAACUAA